AUGUUGUUGCUGACCCCGCCGUCGCAGCAUCUGCACUGGAGAUGGACCUAUCACAUCCUCAUCAUAUGGACGUUCACUGAAUUCAUCGCCUUGAUUCUCCUCGUCCCGGAGACCUUUGUUCCGGCCUUGCGCAAAGAAAAGGCUGAGAACCUCCGAAAAUUCAGCGGGAAUCAAAGGUAUUGGGCACCCUUGGAGCGUGAGGUUAAAGAUAUAGCAGAAUCCAUCGCGAUAAGCUGUCUAAAGCCUUUCGAAUUACUCAUUUACGACCGUAUGGCUCUUCUCCUGGAUAUCUGGACGUCCGUAGUUCUCGGCAUCCUCUAUCUCUCAUUUCAAGCGUUCCCAUACAUCUUCGGCCGCGUACACGGCUUCAACAUGCAAGAGACCGGAAUGACGUUCUUGGGAAUCGGCGUCGGCAUGCUCAUGGCAAUCUUCACCCAACAUCUAUUCAAUCUCAUGUAUCACCGAGCUGCCGCUGAAAAUAAAGGAAUCAUACCCCCCGAAACCCGCCUUGUGAUGGGAGAAAUCGGUGGAAUUUUGGUUCCAUUAAGCCUGUACUGGAUCGCGUUUACUACUUAUCAGAGUGUCCCCUGGAUCGUUCCCAUCAUCGCGUCCAUCCCAUUUGGGGCGGGGAUCUACUACGUGUUUACCUCGACGUUCACCUACCUCGUUACGGCGUAUCGCCCAAUCGCCGCCUCCGCCAUGGCUGCGAAUAGUGCGAUGCGUUCAAGUUUCGCGGCAGCUUUCCCACUUUUCGUCGGUGCCAUGUAUGAUAAAUUAGGAACCGCCGGCGCCACCGCCCUCCUCGCAGGAAUAACAACCCUGCUCGCCCCGCUCCCAUUUAUAUUCCGUAGAAUAGGAGCAAGGCUUCGCCAAAAAUCACGCUUUGCGGAACACUAA